UUGUCUGCUGACGGCUAGAGAAAUAUUUAUUAGUAAAUAGUAGUUAUCCGACGUAUACUAUCAUUGAUCGCCAUCGUAUGGCUCAGUUUUAUCAAUUAAACAUAGAAAUUGUAACUACGUGACACUAAAGCGACAAAACAUAAAAGAAGAAUUUCUGUUUUCUAUUUUUUAUGACAGUGAGCUACAGAACGAAUGAAUUAAUGUGACGUUUGGCCUUCUCGCUGUUGUCAAUUUUGACUUUCCAUUUACGCAUUACAAGUUUCCUUUCAAUCGAUCCAUCUUAAAACAGUCCUAACAGAUAUAUUAUUUUAUAUAAUACAAAAAAUCAAUAUUUUGCUUGAAUAGUUCAAGUUCAAUCAUUCAAUUGCACCUUAGUUGCCUGUAAAAGCAAAAAAAUGUCACCAGAACCAGUUCAAGAACCAACAGAUACUUUGAACACAUCCAACAUCAGCGAUGCAGCAAUAAUUACUAAUGAAUCUGAUAGCGAUGAAGAAGAAGUUGGUGCAGCUGGAUAUGAGCCAUUACCUCAAGCUCCUGUCGAAGGAGAACAGUCUGAAGACGAAGAUGAAGAUGAUGAGGAAAUUGAAUUUGGAAUUACACACAUGGGGGGUGAACCUGAUCAACUUCAGGAUGCACCAGAAUCUUCUGUCCCACCAGAAACAUUAGAAGUUUGGUCAUCAUCGUCGUCGAAUGUCAUUGAGUUGGAUGAAAACAAAAUUAAUCAAGUGAAAUCAGCGAUGGCUUCUUUCACGUUGCCCAGUACGGCUAUACCGGAAUGGGCCAGUUCUGUUUCUGAAGACCAAUGGAAAGAUCAGCUCAUUCAAAGAUUGAAAAAAUUGAAAAAAGAUGAGAUUUAGUACGUUGAUUUGUGUUAACUGGUUAAUUUUUAAAAUCUAUUGAAGUGAGCAGUAUUUUCAUCAUGCCUAGGCAUUAAAGAUAAUGAAAUUAUUUUGUCAAAAUAAGGGCAUGCUGAUGGCAUGUGUCAAUUAUCAAAUAAUAUGAGUCUCUCCAAAAUAAUUUGAAUGACAAUUAAUAAGUACCAAAAAUUAAUUGUUUGAGCAUUUGUUAUUAAAUAAGAGAGCUGCAAAAGAGCAAUGUACAUAAUUAGUUUGGAGUUAAGUUUAUAAAAAUUUUAAAUUUAAGAAUUAAAACACUUUAAAAUGUAUAACAUAA